AGUGUGGGCCGUGCAGUUGUUGCUUCUUUGUAACUGUCAGUCGUGAUGUAGCACUGGCUCAGAGGGUGAUGUCAGCUUUUCUAGGGAAGGGGGGGUCGACAUUACAGCAAAGUAUUAGAAUAAUAUACGGGAGCUGGUAACAAUAGACCGGAAUAACGCUGCUUCAACACUGCACUCUGCAAUUCUACUGUGGUUAGAGAAAGAGCAUCAAACAACCAUGGAUAGCGAUGACGAAAAUAUGGAAGAAAUCGUUGAAGGACCUCUCGACGAGGACGGCCAGCCGCACGGCUUCUGCACCGUCACGUACUCGUCCAGCGACCGCUUCGAGGGCACGUUCGUCCACGGGGAGAAGAACGGCCGAGGGAAGUUCUUCUUUUUCGACGGGAGCACGCUUGAGGGGUUCUACGUGGACGACGCCCUGCAGGGCCAAGGCGUGUACACCUACGAGGACGGAGGCGCGCUGCACGGCACCUACGUGGACGGGGAGCUGAACGGCCCCGCCCACGAGCUGGACGCCGACGGGCGCGUCGUCUUCAAGGGCCAGUACAAGGACAACAACCGCUGCGGCGUCUGCUGGAUCUACUACCCCGACAGGGGCGGCGUAGUGGGCAAGGUGAACGAGGAUGGCGAGAUGACGGGCAGCGAUGUGGCGUACGUGUACCCCGACGGCAAGACGGCCCUGUACGGGAGCUUCGUGGACGGGGAGCUGAUCGAGGCCCGGCUCGCCACUCUGUCCUCGGUGGAGAACGGCCGACCGCACUUUGACGACGUCGUGCCUGGCAGCGCGGUCUACAGGUACGACAAGUCGACCUCCACCUGCAUCGCUGCCCACGGCAUGCUGCCUGAUCCCUACGAGGCCCAAAGGGUGUAUGUGGCAGACUCUUUAAUCUCAGGGGCGGGGGAGGGGCUCUUCGCUAAGACCGACGCGGAGCCCAACACCGUGAUGGCCUUCUACAACGGGGUCCGCAUCACGCAUUCGGAGGUGGACAGCAGGGACUGGUCCCUCAACGGGAACACGAUAUCUCUGGACGAGGACACGGUGAUCGACGUGCCGGAACCCUUCAACAGCACAGAUAAAUACUGUGCUUCACUGGGGCAUAAGGCCAACCACUCCUUCACUCCUAACUGCACCUACGAACCGUUUCUCCACCCUCGUUUUGGACCCAUCAAGUGCAUACGCACGGUUAGGGCAGUGCAGCGGGACGAGGAGCUGACGGUGGCAUACGGCUAUGAUCACACACCCUCAGGGAAGGGCGGGCCGGAGGCACCCAACUGGUACAAGCAGGAGCUGAGGACCUUCCAGGGCACUGCAACGAACCCUUCGGAAUGAGACCCACGCCCAUCCCGACCCCUCACCCUCUAAGCCCCUCUCAGCGCCUCAAACCUUCACCAUCUCAACCCCUUAAACCCUCAACCCCUCAACCUCUCAGACCUUCAACCCCUCAAACCUGCAGACCCUCAACCUCUCCACAUCAAACCCUCAGUCCCUCAAACCUUCACCCUCAACUCCUCAAACCCUCAACCCCUUAGACUCUCAACCCCUCAACCUCUCAACACUUCAAACCCUCAGGACCUCAAGCCUUCAAUCCCUCAACCCCUCUGUGCCUCAAACCACCAACCCCUCAAACCCUCAGCACCUCAAAUCUUCACCCUCUCAACCCCUCAACCUCUCAACCCCUCAACCCCUCAAACCCUCAACCCCUCAAACCCUCAACCCCUCAAACCCUCAACCCCUCAAACUCUCAACCUCUCAUCCUUUCAACCCUUAAAUGUCUCAAACCCUCAGCCCCUCAACCCCUCAACCUUAAACUCAAACCUUCAAACCCUCAGCCCAUGAAGCCCUCAACCCCUCACCGCAAGCACGGUCGCACUAGGGACUAACAAGACAGGCAGCGCGUUCCAACACACGUACGCACAUUCGCGCGCACACACACUGUGGAACUAUGCACUACCGACCAACCAGGGAGUCUGUCCAUCUAUCGCUCUGGCCACUCUUCUGCUAGCAUUUCAACGUGCGGGCCAUGGGGUUGUUUUCUUUGGUUUGCUAGACACACUUCAAUUCUGUGCCUCUUUUUUUUUCCCCUCUUUCCAAAACAGAUGCCAAUUACCCUUGCAGUGAUGCUGUGCAGAGAUCACUGUUCAACUUCAGGCCCCAUUAAACAGUUUCUGAACAUUUUUUCCUCACCCAGAGCGUUGGAAGUACCUCAGACCUCCUGACUGGCAAAAUGCAUCUCCGUUUGCAUUAAAUGUUGGUGCUUUUGAGUGCGGUCAACAGAAUUCUUCACUAGUGCAAAAUCGUUCUCGCCUCAUCUUUGUGCGUCUCCUCUGUCUUCUGUAAUGGGAAGGGAUGGCUUAUCCAAUGACAUGGGCUCAGGAAAUGUCAACCAAUUGGCGUUUUUGUCAAAGAAAAAUAUACAGGCUUAUUUAUUGAGGAAAGUGAGAUGCUUGAAUGACUCUUAAGUGUAACUGUCCACUAUGCUAUUUGCUUGGACGAGCUUAACAUCACCAUUUUCAGGGUGAACUAGUGCUUUUUGAAAUCGGUUAUGAAACUGAUGCAUUUUGUACAAGAUGAAGUACAUUCACUGUACUUAACAGCUUUGUCCUGCAAGCAGCUUCUGGACCUGGAGUAUUGUAAAGGGAGCUGUUUGAAUUUAAAUGCUUAUCAUUGGCUGUUUUCUGCUUUCUUAUAGGCAGAAAGGUCAUUCUUUUUUGUCAAGAUAAAAUAAAUGUGGUUACUAUGUGUACUAGCUUUGUGCUUAUGAAAUUAUCUGAAUAUUUCUUUUGCUACAAGUAUCUAAUAAUUUUUUGAAUCUUUAGAUUUCCAAGAUAAAAAUUAAGUUGGGAAAUGAAGAAACAUCACCACAUCACAGUUCACAGGUACAGGCUGUGGAGAAAAGAUCCUGAAACCACAAGUCCGAUUUCUUCACCAGUUUGUGUGUUCCAUGGAAACCUAAUCCUGGACAAAAAGGACAACGUUAGCAAAUGAACAUUGUAGCUCUGUGUAACGUGAUAUUUGUGCAGCUUUUUAUCGCAAAUACUGAAUCAUUUAUUCAAUGCAGUUAUCUUUUCUUUGCUUAUUUUUUCCUCAGAAAUAUUGUAAAAUGAAAUACCUGCAUUUAGCUCUGUAUUUAAUGCCUAGUCAAUAAAUUUUUAACCUACAUUCAAAGAACAACUUGUAGCUAGAUCUGCAUCCUGUACAUAUAUGUAGUCUGAAUAGUACUCUCUCUGAAUGCACAUUAUCUGCUUGUGUACACUUUUUCCUAACCUGAGGGUAAUCAUGUAAUCGGGUACAAGGCAGCUCUGUGGUUUGUUGUUUGAACUCCUAGGAUCCAGUGAGCUGGCUAAAAAAAUCUGUACCCUUAGUUUUUGGUCAUUAAACCAUGUCCCUGCUGUUGCAAGUUGGCAGCCUUUGUGCCUUCAGUGUAAAGAAGUGAGGAACAGGAAGUACAUUGAUUUUACUAUGAACCAAAGCACCUCCCCACCACAAAGUGAACCGUUUCAGAGAGAGGAGGGUGACUGAGGGGCGGGAGGUUGGUUUGAUGUCACAGGAUUUCGGAUCCUGAAGGAACAGUAGCCAGCCCCAACGAAUUUGAUUUGGAGACCCUCAGCUUUCGACUGCAGGUAGCGCAAGUUUCGGCAUUUCGGCUUCUUUACCUUUCCCAAUUCAAUCUGGCUUCGGUCGUAAGUGCUAAAAAUGAUACAAAAUCUCGAAAUAAUGUAUGGCAACUGGGAUGAAUUGUAAGUGUCAUAUAUGGGAUGUGUGAAUUAAAUCCAGUUCUAUUGUUGACUGACAGUAUGAUUUUUGGACACCAAUAUGGUGAUGGCUACAUUUAAAAAAAAAUAAAAAACUUCCCUUGAAUCUGUUAACGGUAUCUAUUCAUUGUGCUUCCUGUGUCCUUCCAACUUAAAUAAGUUCUUGUUCAUGGGGGUCUAAUUUGUGUCAACAAUUUUGAUAUGUUAUAUAUACUGUUUGAAUGGACCUUUUAAAAAUGUGAUAUCUAAUAUCCCAUGUGUAGCAAUAAUGUCAUGGGUUUAUGAUUGUUUAAAAUUCUGAUUAUCUCAAAUGUGUUUAUCAAGGCAGACUUUAAAGGGAAGUAUUCCUUAAAUAUCAGUUUUCUCACGCUUGGCCAAGAUGGUGGUAUUAUCAAUAUAUAUUAAUCUUUGUAUAACAAACAAAAGAUACACUUUCAUGGUUGAGCAUUACUGUUCUUUAACAAGUGGGAUUAUGUAAUGGCUGUUUUAACAGGGUGUAUUAUCAUGAGAUCUUUUUGAGCAAUACACCAUAUUAAAGGUGUACAUCUUACAGUCACAAAAUGAAGGGAGGACUGUAAAAACAUGCAAUAGCAAAUCUGACUGAACUCCCAACAUUUUUCAUUUGUACUUUAAAUAUUGUUCUAUGGUUAGAUAUCUAAGAUGUAUGUUUUGCACAGAAUAAGGGCAAUGGUGGACACAUCUGAUGCAUUUGUGUUAAAAUAAUUAUAGUAUACAGUUGUCAGUCAUUCCAGUUGGCUGGGAGAUUUUGACAUUUAAAAAAGUGAACUGCUUUGUGUUCAGGAUUGUGUUGAUGGUGAUUGUGAUUUUUUGAUGUAAUUGCGGGCUCGUAAGAGAUUGAAAAUGGUUUUUUGUGUGAAAAUGGUUUAAAAUGGAGCUGAGAAGGAAGUGAGCUAGAGGUUUUGGACUACAAUCACAAAAGUUUUUGAAUAUUUCCCAUGAGCACAUUGCAAAUCAUGGUGCUGCCAUGUUUUACUUAUUUCACACUUUUAUGUUCACAGGCUGUUGACUAUUUAACAAAUUCAUUUUCCAAAUGAUGGGAUUAAGUGUAUGCACAGUUUUAUUUGUACUGGAGGAUUUUUGUAUUAUAUUUCUGACUAUGAAACUUGUGCGAUGACUGUCACAAUUGGCAACCCAUGUUACCGGUCCAUUUAACAACCAGUAUUAUGUAUUAUUUUUACAGGCACUAAUCAUGUCUUAUUGAUAAUUUUGAACACAGUGUAGCAGGACAGUGCCCUUGCAUUAGACAUUUGGUGAUGAAACUGUUCUGGUGGAAUACUUUGAGGUCCCAACCUCACGAGUUUUACGCAGGGAUGCCUGUAAUCUGUUGCUGUUCUUUUCCUAAGAAUUCCUAGCCUUAGAUCAGUGGAUUCCAAUCUGCAUAUGAUCAAAUGAGCAGGUGAGCCCAUGUGGCGAUGUUUACAAGAAGCUGUGUUUGCAGAGUGACAGUGUGAGCAUGCGUGUUGAAUGUGUAUUUUUACUCGUGUAAAGUCGUGUAAAGACAGGUAUAUGAGAAUGGUAGAGUAUGUGAAGAUGGCAACGGUGAGCCUUUAAAAAAAAAAAAAAAAAAAAAAGCUGUAACUGAGGUGUCUCUUGUGCAAUAUUCUAAGGAAUAAUAAAGCAUACAUACAUAA